AUGGCGAGAGACCCGUUAAUUGGUAUUGUUGGGAAACCCUCUAGUGGUAAAUCCACAACUUUAAACUCCUUAACUGAUGCCAACGCUAAGAUUGGUUCUUUUCCGUUUACGACGAUAGAGCCAAAUAGAGCAACUGGCUAUCUAAAAAUUGACUGUGCAUGCUCACGUUUUGGUAAGGAAGAUCUGUGUAAACCAAAUUAUGGUUGGUGUGAACAAGGUAAAAGACAUGUUCCAAUUGAACUUUUAGAUGUUGCAGGUUUAAUUCCUGGUGCUUCUCAGGGUUUAGGCUUAGGUAAUAAAUUUCUAGACGAUUUAAGACAUGCAGAUGCAUUGAUCCAUGUUGUAGAUGUUUCUGGGACAACUAAUGCCGAGGGUAAGGCGACAAGAGGUUAUGACCCAUUGAAGGACAUAGAGUGGCUACAAGAUGAAAUCAGAUUAUGGAUUGAAGGUAAUUUGCUUAAAAGAUGGGGCUCGAUUGUAAGACGACAUACAGCUACUAAGUCAUCGAUUGUUGAUACUUUGAGGGCGCAAUUUGGUGGUUACGGUGCGAAUUUAAACUUGGUCAAAGAAGCUGUUGAUUCUAUAAAGGAUUUACCACCUUUAGAAGAAUGGGAUAACGAAUGGAUCACAACUGUGGUUAAGGCAUUUAUGAGGUAUAAAUUUCCGACAGUUUUGGCACUAAAUAAAAUUGACCACCCUGAUGCAGACAAAAAUGUCUCCAAGAUUCUCUUGAAAUACCCCGAUACAAAGGCUGUUGUCACAAGUGCAAUAACGGAACUAUUUUUGAGAAAACUCAAGAAACAGGAUUACAUAAAGUAUGAGGAAGGUACCGAGUUUGUGGACACAUUUGAGGAUCUAGGUGAGGAGUCUGGAUUGAAGCCAUUGGAUGAAAAGCUAAAGGAAAAGCUGGAAAAUAUUCGAGAUCUGGUUUUAUAUAGAUUUGGCUCAACCGGUGUUGUUCAGGUUUUACAAGAAGCUGCAAAUGUUUUAGACUUGAUUCCCGUAUUUACGGUCAGAAAUAUCAAUACAUUCACCGGUAAUAGCGGCAACUAUGUUUUCAGAGAUUGCAUGCUUUUCAAAAGAGGCAGUAAAGUUGGUGCAGUUGCGAGAAGCAUAAUGGGAGAAGUCACUAUUGCCGUGAUCGAGGGUGUGGGAGGCAGAAGAAUCUCCCCUGAUGAUACAAUUGAUGUGGGUAAAAAUGACAUUUUAACCUUUAAGGUUGCUCCAGGUGGUGGACCAACACAAGAAUAG